AAACACACUUGCAAAACCAUUUUGGCGCCAUUCUCCAUUGUAGUGAUUUUUGAAAGCAAAGAAUGUACAUGGACAUCAAUUCACAGAACAUAGAUUUCGAUGACGACGGCGAUUCACGGUGGUGUUGUUCUCAAGGCCACCGUUCUACUCUAAACCUACAAACAAACCAAGGCGGCACAAUCUGCCUCGUGUGUUUCUCCAAUCUAAUCUCAAAUCCUCUUUCUCCAACUAUCCAUGUCUCUUACGCUCUCUCUCAACUCUCUCGUUCUCUCUCAAUACCUCAAUUCCUUCACUCUAUCGUUACUUUUCAUCCUCACUUCCUCGUUUCCCCUCUCGUUACCGCUCUCUCCUCUUUCGACGAUGAACCUAUCGCGGAACAACUCGUUCAUCUCAUCGUUAACCUCUCUGCUUCAUCGGAUGCUUCCGUUUGCCGUGAAUUCGUUGCUAGGGUUUCAGAUCGAAUUUCUUCCGGUGCUUUAGGUUGGAGUCCACGGCAGUUGCACACGCUUCACUGCCUAGGGAUUCUUCUGAAUUGUGAAAAGGAGGAUGAUCUCCAUGUGCACAUCAAAGAUAUAUAUGGUCUCAUUUCCGUUCUUGUUACUGGUCUUCAAUUGCCAAGUGAGGAGAUUCGUGGAGAAGUCCUUUUUGUGCUUUACAAACUCUCUGUUCUUCAGAGUACAUCGGACGAGGGUGAUGGAAGUGAUAUGUUGAUUCCCUUUUGUCCAAAGCUUUUGUACCUGUUAGGAGAUGUUCUAUUGAAGACUCAAAAUGAUGAUGUUCGCUUGAAUUGUAUUGCACUUUUGACAAUGCUGGCUCGAAGACAGUUGCUCAGUGAAGAAUCUGCAUAUGAUAUUGGUAGCAUGUCUUUACCUGGUGAAGUUAAUUCCAUUGAAACUGAAGAUGGAGCCAAAGGAGCAUCUCUGGUUAAUCUGUUUGCUGAAGCAAUCAAAGGCCCAUUACUUUCAUCAGACAGUCAAGUCCAAAUCGGCACUCUAGAUUUGCUCUUUCAUUAUUUGUCUUCAGUUGGGACUUCAGGAAAUCAGAUUCAAGUCUUGGUGGAAGAAAAUAUUGCAGAUUAUUUAUUUGAAAUUUUGAGAUUAUCAGAGAAUAAAGAUCCGGCAGUCAAGAUGUGCCUUCAGGUACUAAAUCUUUUAUCAAAUUCAGAGGAAGCUUUUAGACCGAGGCUGGUUGUUGGGUUUUCAACUCUAGUUCCAGUACUGCGUUAUGUGACUGAAGUUCCUUUUCAUCCAGUUCAAUACGAGACACUGAAGCUCAUUUAUGAAUGCAUUUCUGAGUGCCCUGGAGCUGUAUCAACUUCUCAGCUGGAGGAACUUGUCCACAUCUUGAUAAGAAUGCUUAUAAAGCAUUCUGAUGGGGAGAUGGGUAUGAUUCCUGAGACGUUUAUAAUGGCUUGUUCAGUAUUUGUGGCUCUUAUGAGAUCUCCAUCUUAUAAUGGAGCUUUAGAUAUGUCAAAAUCAAUUGAGGAAGCAGUCAAACAUGCCAUUUUAGCUUGUCUCUAUGUUUCUGAGAGGAAUAUCAAUCAAAUUCUGCAAUGCUUGUACCUACUUAAAGAGGCAUAUGCGUACAGUCAUGAUGGAAACUCCUUUCACACUAGCAAACUAGAACUUAGAAGCGGCAUUCUAGAUAUAUGCCGAACACAUUUACUGCCUUGGCUUGCAACUGGCAUCAACGAAAUGGAAGAAGAAAUUAUCCUGGGCUUGCUGGAAAUCUUUCAUUCGAUACUGCUUCUGCAUUGUACUAUUAAUUCUAGGGAAUUUGCAGAGACCUUGAUGUCAUUCCGCUGGUUCAGUUUUUCAUAUGGAUGUCUGGGAUUAUUUGCAGGAGAUAGGAUGAAACAUAGAAUAUAUUUGUUACUUGGUUCACUCAUAGAUUCUCUAUUGGGAAAUGAUACUGGACAACCUAUUAGAGAUGCUGCUUUACACCUGCCUUCUGAUCCUGUCGAUUUACUCUUUAUGCUAGGGCAAAGGAGUGCAGACAGUUUAGAUUUUUCUUCUUGUCAAUCUGCUGCUUUGCUAAUUAUGUACACCAGUUCAAUAUAUGAUGAAAGACUUGCAGAUGAUAAGUUGGUUUUAGCUUCUCUUGAACAAUAUGUUCUUCUUAAUAGCAGUGAUUUUCAUAAUUGGACAACUGAUAAUUUGACGGUGACUCGACUGGUGAAUCUCUACUGCUUGUUGAGGGGGAUUGGCAACAUGAACUACCAAAUUCACUAUAGUCGAGAAGCUGAGGUGAUUAUAUUCCAGCUCAUAAACAAUGGUGAAUGGGAUUUACUUUCUGCAAGAAUUCACACAGUAUCAUUGAAUUGGUUGUUUCAACAAGAGAAUAUAAUAAAAUCACUGUGUCAUCAGAUUUUGAAAUUUUGCAGAAACUAUAACCUAGAAGGGGAUGGCAUGAUUAUUGGAAACAGUAACCAAACUGUGAAUGUACAGACACUUGCAGAGUUAGUAUCCACUGAAAAUAACUAUGGAGCUAGAAUUUUCGUAUGCUUAUUGGCACAGCUCGCUGAGGAAGAAGACCAGGAACAUGACAUAAUAUCUGUUCUGAAUCUAAUGGCAACUAUGAUUCAUAUUUGUCCAGCUACUUCUGACCAGCUAUCUUUGCAUGGAAUAGGAACAACAAUCGGGACUUGUUGCUUCUCAACAACAACUUUCAUGUCUAUCUUGAUUUUGGUUUUUAACACUCUGAGUUCAGUGCAUCCUAAAACACUAUCAACUGAUCAGAGUUGGGUUGCAGUAGCCAUGAAGAUGAUGGGGUACUCUAUUCCACCAAAAGAAGCAAAUAUCUUAAGUCAAGAAAGUCUCUUCGUGAUUGGCAUUCUUUCCUUGAUUUUACAUCUUUCCACCAAUAAAGUACUUGAAGAGACUUCAAAGCCCAUUCUUUUUAACACGUGUAUAAUCUCUGUUGUCAAUACUAUAGUCUUUGCAGCUUUGUCAAAAGGACCUUCUUUGAUUGAGCAUGACGAGGGAACAAGUACCGGAGAAACUUUAAUAUUUGUUCUUUUGCUUCAUUACUUCGCUAUCAAAAGCUUGCACGCUAUCCUUCCAGGGUUUGUGGACUGGCAAAACUUCCUUGUUUCAAUGAAUUCAUCAGAACCACUAGCCUUCAUAGGUAUCCGUUGUCAUGACUUGUGCAGACUUCUGCAUUUUGGUUCUCCUGUGGUCAAGAUUGUUGCUUCUUAUAGCUUGUUAGAAUUGUUCAACAGAAUAUCAGAUCAAAUAAACAGUAAACAUGAAGAAUUGAAAUGUACCGUUGGGUACUUAAUGUCCAUAAGGAGUAUAUUGGAAGGGCUGAUAUUUUAUAAUGACCAGAGAGUGGCUACAAAUUGUGCACUCUGCCUGUCAAUUCUUCUGCGGUGGGAAAAUCUGACAAAGGAAACGGAACAGUUAGUAAAGAGUAGUUGGUGUAGAUUGAUUAUGGAGGAGAUGACAGUAUCUUUGGCAGCUCCUGCCUUAGCAUCACAAUCAUUCAUGAACAGUCAAACGCCUGCAGUCCUUGUUGCUAUUGCGUUGCUGAAACUGCAUAAAAUACCCCAGUGGAUGAGAUCCGUGUUUAAUAAUUCAUGCAUAUCUGGCAUACUGGAGAACCUUGCUGCUACCAAUUUGAGCCCGGAAAUUUUGGUUUUAUUUCGACAACUACUGAAAUCUGACUUCUUAAGUACUGAACAAAUUGCAACUAUAAAUCAAAUGCUGCAGGAAUGCAGAAAACAUAUGUACACUAACAAUGCUCAAGAAAGUCUCCCAAGUGAACCAAUAAAGAAGGUCCUCACCAUGCCAUAUAAUCUUGGAGAUGUUUGCCGGUAUCUCAUUGAUUUGAUGUCAGCAGAGACAUAUUUAGAUACGGAUUCCAGGGGAUUUAACAUGGGCAGCAAGAGGCUCUUGGAAGAAAUAGAAUUGUUUUUCAGUGCCUUGACUGUAGAUGAUGAUAACUGUAGAUAACUUUAGUGUUGAUGAAACUCUAAUCCAUUGGAUGCUUGGAUCUGACCACUAGUAAAAAUGGAAGGCACAUCUGGGUAUCACGACAAAAUAACAAAAUAAUUCUGACUAUGAAGGAGGUCAGGUUCCCUCCAUUUGAUAAAUUCUCCUUUUAGCCCAUUGAUCAAUGGCUAAAUGGAGUAUACUACAAAUGGAGGGAACCUGAAAUCACUAUGAAGAGCCUGUGUUUAUUAUAACAUGUAAGUUUGGUUUCUGCUACUCAGGUAACUCAAACUUUCAGUCAAUUUAGUUUGAAUAGUAUGCAAUUUAGUUUGAAUAGUUUGAAUAGUAGUCAAUUUAGUUUCCUUUAUUCCUAAAAGUUAAAACCAUGCACACAUUCUACCUUAUAUUUCUCCUAUUAGGAAAUAAGAAAAUUAAGAAUCCUAUCCUGCCCUUUUUGUUCAGUCAUCUCUUACUUUUUCUAAUUCAAUAGUUUAUAGACCACAAAGAGGGAAUAAAAGUUUAGAAUAGAUAGAAAAAAGAUGGGUGAAUGACUCUUAGUGCAGCACAGACAACAUGAGAGAAUGCGCAGGAGAAGAUUGAGAGGUCGGGUUAUGAACGCGAUUACUAGAAGACGAGGAGUUAGCUCCCGAAAGUGGGGAAGUUGGUUUACAAUGGACAUAUCAAAUUGGAAUAAACGGUCAAUUGUCCCUAAAUUAUUGCUCUCUCACUAGUUUAAUUCCUAAACUAUUAAAAUCAACUAAAAUAUGUAGGGGUCGGGGUUCGAACCCAGAGUUCCCCACUUAUCCACUUGCUAACUCUCCCGUUAAAGUUAUUGUUAGUAGUCCCAAAAUUAUAAAUACAUCAUUUCAGUCUAUAAACUAUCAUGAAAAAUAACAAAAUAGUCCACAAAUGUUCAACUUUCUUUUAUAAACAUUGAUCUAUUACUUCUCAGCCUUGUUGAGUUUGAACCAACUUCAUUGAACAACCUGCCAACCAUGUCUGAAACAAAAUUUGUUGUGCAAUUUGAAACUGAAGUAAGUAGACAAGAGAUUGUUAAUUAGAGAAGAAAUGGUGUAUGUAACCAAAAAAAAAGUUGAAUGUGUAUGGACUAUUUUGUCGUUUUUCAUUAUUGUUUCGGGAAUAAAUUGGUGUAUUUUCAUUGUUUAGGGACUACUAUCGACAUGUUUAUAAUAUUAUAAGAAUCUCUUCUGCAACAAUUUAUAAUUUUUUAACGAAAGAUGAAUUAAAUAUGAAUAUUUAAGCACCAAUAACUUAAAAAAAUAUAUAUAAUUCAUCCAUCAUUAAAAAAUUCUAAAUUUUUUCGAAAAUCAUUCAAAAGUUCGAAGGAUACACAUGAGUUGCUUUAAAAGUGGAACCAAAAAUGUUGACCAAAUAUAUUUAAAGGACCUUUGAAGACAAAUUAUAGAGACUAAAAACGAAAUAUGAUAUAUUUAUAGGGACCAAAAACUUAUUUAAUCCUAUUUUUUAAUUCUUUCUUUAGUUUCUUAACUUGUAUCUUAAGCAUCACCCAUAGUUACUCAAUAUUAUGCUUAUAUAAAGUAAAGAAGGUUCAAGGUUGAGUUCAAUAUGCAUAAGAUAUUUCAAUUUAGUUUCAUUAGAUCGCUGGUCAAAUUGGUCUUGAUAAUAGAA